AUCCCCCUUGCGGACCCGUCCGUCCUGUGCACACACACACGUACACGUACAGCCCGUUUAACGCAAAAAGGGGGAAACCGCCUUCCCAAUCCUUGCCACACAAAGAAAUGAGGAAAAGAGGAUAUUUCGGCGCAGGGGUCUCGACGGCGAUGAUGAUGGGAACAAGAUUAUACACAUCUACUGUAGUAUUGAACAGAACGUAUUCGAAAUCCCGGCCGAUCCGCCAGCCAGCCAGCCAGCCAGCCAAGAGCUAUUGCCACCACCUCCCUCCCCUCCCCAAAAAAUCCCGAGGUGAGAAAGUAAAGAAAGAAAGAAUUCGAGGAAAGAGAGAAUUCCGAGAGGGAGUCAUCGGGGAUCGGAGAGUGGUUGGUGAGGGGGUAUGCCUUUCACCGACCAAGCAAAACAAGCAAGCAAACAAGCAAAGCAGGUAUAAAUCGAACGUGCGUCUUCCCCAUCUCUCCCUCUCUCUCUCUCUAUCUCUUCCGAACCCAUGUGGAGAGGGAGGAGAGCCAGGGGGACGAAGAGGCGAGAGGCGAGGGAGGGGAAAAGCGACGAGAACGACGACGACAACCGCAAUUCAAACAUGACGCGCCGACGCUUGCUGUACAUACAUACAUCCAUACAUACAAGGAAAAAAGUGGCAUCUCCGGGGCGGACGCGAGGUCUGUACGACGACGACGACGGCCAGAGGUGGACCGCGCCUCGCGCCUCCGGGGGAAAAGAAGCCAGGAGGGGAAAGGGAAAGAGA